AUGCAUUCCUAUUCCUACCAUCUCAAACUCGAGCUCUACCCAAGCCCCGACCCUUUGUCGACCCACAUCACGCUCGGUGACGCACACAGCGGCAGCUCGAGCGGACCCGUCUGGCAACCGGACGUCGGGAGCAGCAUCUUCGACAUCCUACCAGCCCACCCCGACCGCCGCGGCGAUCCUGCGGUCUCCGCUUCCUUGAAGAAGCGCGAGAAGCAGAGGAGCAUCGACCAACUCGAACAGUACCUGCCUCCAGAGGACCGCCGCUUCCUCCGCCAGACCCCUGCGAGAGUGAUCGACUGCGGCCCUUCGAGACCGAUUCCUCCGGCAGCCGGGGAGGAGGACGACGGUGAUAUCGAGCUUUUGAGCACGGCUACGCGCAAGGAAAGGUCAAGAAGCUCUCCGGCCCCGGGCCAUUUUCUUGCCGGGAUCGGGCCUCGGUCAGCAGCCAAAGACUGGCGUUUUGGAUCUAUCAGAAUAGAAAGCUUUGACGUGCCCGACGGCUUUCAGGGCGAAGGCUCUGAACAACAUCGUCUCACCAUGGCAAGCAGUGCUCACCCUUCCCCGGCUGCCUCGCUGGGCCCAAAUCUUGGAGGCCCAGGAACGGACACCAAGGGCGAGUUUGUGCCCCUGGCCGGCAAGAAAACAGAGGCUGGGUGGGGGAUAGUGCACCUCUACCGCGAGCCCAACGAGCUAGGGGUCGUGAGCACAUCGACCGAAAGCCUGAGCGGCGGCGACGGCACGAUCCUCUGCAUCCCUGCUGUCCCGGGGUACCUCUCAACGGUUGGGUUUCUGAAUUUCGUGGGACGCAAGUGGAUGGCGCAGGUGGCACACUAUCGCAUGCUCAUGACCAGCGCCCUGGGCACUUACAUGGUUUUGAUCAAGUGCCGAGAUCACGAGUCCGCCGAAGCCUGGAAGAGGGAAUUCGAUGGCAAGACGUUCGGCCCCAUGCGGGAGGAGGGCAUCUGUCACGUCACCUUCAUCAAAUCUAUCACGAUCGAGACACCGUCCCAGCCGAAGGCGAGCUCGUCCAAGGGCUCCGCAGUCGGUCAGCUCAGCUCGCUCAAGCCUUUCCCACCGCCAACCCCCGAUCUCGUUGAGCUCCCGACAGCCACGAAUGCGGCUCCGCAGUCGUUGGAUCCCAGCGACCCGUACUCGCACCCAUUCGGUCACGGCAUCUCGAACAUCUGCGUCACGUGCGACACCACCGACGACUUGUGGAUAUGCCUGAUAUGCGGCAACGUCGGUUGUGGCCGAUAUAAAGGGGGGCAUGCUAAGGAACACUGGAAGGAGACGGCGCACUGCUUCAGCCUUGAGCUGGAGACACAGCACGUUUGGGACUACGCGGGCGACAUGUGGGUCCACCGGCUGAUCCGCGAGAAGGGCGAGGGCAAGGUGGUCGAGUUCCCCAGCACCGACAUGGCGGCGCGGGACGGGAACAGGCAGACGGGGCCUGACAUGGACGUAGUGCCGCGCGAAAAGCUGGACAACAUCGGCAUGGAGUACACUAAUCUCCUAUCUAGCCAGCUGGAGAGCCAGCGUGUUUACUUCGAGGAGAUCAUCAGCAAGGCGGCGGACAAGGCGGCGAAGGCGUCUGCUGCGGCCGAGGCGGCCGCAUCCCGGGCCGCGGAGGCGCUGAGCAGACUCCAACUCGUGGAGGAGGAGCACAAUAGGCUGAAGAGCGAGGUCAUCCCGCAGCUAGAGCGGGACCUGGAGCGUGAGCGCAAGCGAGGGGACAGGUCGACUGAGCUUGCCAGAAAGCUCGGGCAGUCACUUCAGGAAGAGAAGAAGAUCAACGAGGGCCUGCUGGAGAAGGUCCAGCACGUGAACAGGGAGAUGGAGGCCUGCAAGGCGCAGAACGAGGAGCUGGGCAGAGAAGUUGCAGAGCAGAAGGACAUGAACCACGACUUGACGCUGUUUAUCUCGGGGCAGGAGAAGCUCAGGGAGAUGGAGCAGGAGGGCAAGAUAACGCAGGAGGAGCUCGAGGAGGGCGAGGCGAGUGUGCCUGAGAAGAAGGGGCGCGGCAAGGGGAAGAGCAAAGGAAAGGGGAAGGCAAAGCAGUGA